AUUCUAAAGUGUCAAGUAUUGAUUGACCUAACCUCAAAAUCACGCAACAUUGCUCAAUCGAUUACACGUUACUUUUUCCUGAAGUCUAGUCUCUUUUUCAAGCUUUAUUGUUUUGAUUCUUCAUAAAGUUUAUAUGACAAUACUUUGUUACUCACUAUCAAGUUUUAAUCGUAUAAGUAGAACCACUGUUUUGCUACAAAUGAUACUAAUUCGUGCGUCUCUAAUUUAGGUUAGAUACAAUAUAGUGAUUUCUAAAAGUGCACAGCAUUGUGAAUCAAUUAAUUAACUUUAAAUACCAAAAAGUUUUGAAAAUGUCAAAAAUAUUCACACCUACAAACCAAAUUCGUCUCACCAAUGUGGCCGUUGUAAGAAUGAAGAAAGGAGGCAAACGUUUUGAAAUAGCAUGCUAUAGAAACAAAGUUAUGUCAUGGAGGAGUAAGGUUGAAAAAGACAUAGAUGAAGUAUUACAGACGCACAUGGUGUUUAUGAAUGUAUCAAAAGGACAAGUGGCCAAGAAAGAAGACCUGAUGAAAUGUUUUGGCAAAGAUGACAUGACAGAAGUUUGUAAAGAGAUUCUCGCCAAAGGAGAACUGCAAGUCUCAGAUAAGGAGCGACAUACACAUUUGGACAGUCUGUUCAAAGAUAUAGCCACCACUGUUGCAGAGAAAUGUGUGAAUCCAGAAACCAAGAGGCCGUAUUCUGUCUCUUUGAUUGAAAAAGCUAUGAAAGAUGUACAUUUCUCAGUGAAACCGAACCGCAAUGCAAAACAACAGGCACUAGACGUGAUUCCACAGCUGAAAGCCACAAUGCCCUUGGAAAGGGCUCAGAUGCGACUGCAGGUGAUAGCCUCGGGAAAAGAGACAAGAAAACUGAGAGAUAAAGUGGUCAAAUUGGCUGGCAGUAUUGAAACCGAGUCUUGGGAUGACGGCACACUUAACCUGGUUCUGCUUAUCGACCCGGGCCAUUACAGAGAAGUAGAUGAGCUUGUAAGAUCCGAGACAAAGGGAAGCGGCCAGUUGGAAGUUUUGAACUUGAAAGAAGUGACAGAAGGUGAAGAAGUGCUCGAAUAAUUAAUUCUCUCCAACUUAUUUUUAUUUAUUUAUUGAUUAUUUUUCGAAUAAAAUGUGUACAAACUCAAU